GUACUUAGAGCAGCGUUGUAAUAUGGAUUGUCACGGCAAAAAUAUUUACUCUCGCGCCGUCAGUCCGUUCGGAGCUGUUUGUGAAAGCGAAAGUCAUUUACUAGUGUUCCUGCCGCCAUUCUCUCUAGUCCCAGGAUCAGGAUGCCCGUGGAUCUAUACUGCCACAUCGUGGCCCCGUUCUGCCGUUCCGUGAUCCUGCUGGCCGACGCACUGGAAGUCGAGCUGAACUUCAUCGAAGUGAACGUGCUGAAGAAGGAACAAUUCAAACCGGAAUUCCUCGCGAUCAACCCCCAGCACUGUAUUCCGACGCUGGUUGAUGGUGAAGUCGUAGUAUGGGAAUCGAACGCAAUACUGAUGUACCUGGCGGAGAAGUACGGCAAGGAAGGCAAACGAUAUUAUCCAACAGACAUCGGAGAACGCGCCAAAGUGAACCGUUUGCUGUUCUUCCAAUUGGGAACGUUGCAUCGAGCAUUGUCCACGUAUUACUAUCCGAUCUUAGCAGGAAUCGGUGAGGGAAAACCAGAAGACUUUCGAAAGAUCCAGGACGCUGUUUGUGUGUUGAACAAACUGCUGGACGGAAACAAGUGGCUAGCGGGAGAAGAACUGACCAUUGCAGACUUCAGUGUGGUAAUCAGCGUUGCGUCCCUCGAAGGAGUGAUAAAGUUCGAUUUGACAGUGUACAAAAACGUGUAUCGUUGGUAUCAGCAGUGCAAGAAAGAGUUCGGAAAGUUCGAGGAACUCACACAAGAAGCCAAUGAAAAAUCCCAAGAAAUGAUUGCAGCCGUGCGGCAGUACAAACUGGAAGAAAUAAAUUCAGCUAAAGAACCAUGCUGCAGUGCUUCUGGAGGCAAAACGCCACCACCAAAGCCACCCUGUCCAGACUCGUCUUGACCACAGAAAA